AUGAGGCUUACGGUAGCUUACCUCCUCUCCGUCCUGGCGAUCGCCGCCGGCGGCGGCAGCAGCAGCGACGAGGCCACGCUGCUUGCUUUCAAGGCGGGGUUCAGCGAGGGCAGCUCAGGUGCGCUCGCCUCCUGGAACAGCAGCACCGGCUUCUGCCGCUGGGAGGGCGUCACAUGCGACCGUCGGAUGCCGACGAGGGUGGCGGCGCUGAGCCUGCCGUCGAGCAACCUCGCCGGCACGCUCUCACCGGCCGUCGGAAACCUCACCUUCCUCCGGUGGCUCAACCUGAGCUCCAACGCGCUCCACGGGGAGAUUCCCUCGAGCCUCGGCCGGCUCCGGCGUCUGCAGGUCCUCGACCUUGGCAGCAACUCCUUCUCCGGUGCGUUCCCUCGCAACCUCACCUCCUGCAUCAGAUUGACAAACCUGAGCGUCAGCUAUAACCAGCUUGAUGGCCACAUCCCCGUGGAGCUGGGAAACAAGCUGACAAUGCUUCAGUCACUUUUGCUGGAAAACAACAGCUUCACAGGGCCGAUUCCGGCCUCGCUAGCCAACCUGUCGUCACUCCAGUGCCUACACAUGCACAACAACCACCUGAAUGGCCUCAUACCGCCAGUGCUCGGCAGCAUCCCAGCUCUGCAAGAGCUUAGCUUGGGCGGAAAUGGCCUCUCAGGCGAACUUCCAGCCUCCCUGUGGAAUCUGUCAACACUGACAGUCCUCGCAGUGUACGGCAACAUGCUACAAGGAAGCAUCCCGGCCAACGUUGGUGACAGUCUUCCUAAUAUGCGAACUUUUGGAUUGGCCGAUAACCGGUUCACCGGGGUCAUCCCCUCUUCUCUCUUCAAUGUUUCAUCACUCACACUUGUGGCUCUUUACAAUAAUAGAUUUACUGGGUUUGUGCCGCCUGCCGUGGGAAGAUUGCAGUCUCUUGCAUUUCUAUACCUGUCUGACAACCAACUUGAGGCAAACGGCAGAAAAGGAUGGGAAUUUAUCACCUCAUUAACCAACUGCAGUCAGCUGCAACACCUUGUUAUCGCCAACAACUCUUUCAGCGGGCAGCUGCCAAGCUCGAUUGUGAACCUGUCGACGACACUACAGAAGCUCUACUUAGGUGAAAAUAGCAUCUCCGGGAGCAUCCCCGAAGAAAUUGGCAAUCUGGUCGGUCUGGACACGCUGUAUCUGGCGUUCACCUCGCUAUCUGGAGCAAUUCCGUCUAGCAUCGGGAAGCUAGCAAACUUGGUCGAAAUCGGCCUAUACAAUACUAGCUUGUCAGGCCUCAUACCAUCAUCUAUUGGAAAUCUUUCAAGUUUGAAUAGGCUGUAUGCAUUCUACACCAGUUUGGAAGGGCCAAUACCUGCGAGCCUUGGGAAACUAAGGAAGUUGUUUGUUCUAGAUUUGUCAACCAACCGUCAUAACGGGUCAAUCCCAAAAGAAAUUUUGGAGCUACCUUCACUGUCUUGGUAUUUGGACUUGUCAUACAAUUCCCUCUCCGGACCACUUCCAUUAGAAGUCGGCACCUUGGCUAACCUAAACCAGUUGAUUCUGUCAGGAAACCAGUUGUCUGGCCAAAUACCUGACAGUAUAGGAAAUUGCGAGGUGCUUGAAUUCCUACAGCUAGAUAAGAACUCAUUUGAAGGAGGCAUACCUCAAUCUUUGACCAACUUGAAAGGGCUCAACCUUCUGAACCUAACUAUGAAUAAAUUAUCUGGUAGUAUCUCAGAAACUAUCAGUAGGAUUGGCAAUCUGCAACAGCUGUGUCUAGCUCACAAUAAUUUUUCAGGACCAAUCCCAGCAACUCUACAAAAUCUGACAUUAUUGUGGAAAUUAGAUGUGUCAUUCAAUAAUUUGAAAGGGCAAGUACCAGAUGAGGGAGUUUUCAAGAACCUUACUUACGCAUCAGUUGCAGGGAACGCCGAGUUGUGCGGCGGAAUAACCACGCUUCACUUGGCUCCAUGCUCCAUUCUUGUUGGAAGCAAGCACCGAAAGCAAUAUCCAAAGUCUCUGGCAAAAGCUCUGCCAACAACAGGAGCAAUACUGGUGUUAGGUUCAGCUAUUGUUCUUAUUCUCUUACACCACAGGAAGCUCAAACGAAGACAAAAUGGCCAAGGGACAUCUCCAAUCAUUGAGGAACAGUAUCAGAGGGUUUCUUAUUAUACGUUAUCAAGGGGAAGUAAUGGAUUUUCAGAAGCUAACUUGCUUUGCAAAGGAAGUUAUGGUUCUGUCUAUAGAUGUACUUUAGAAGAGGGUGAAAUUCUUGCUGUAAAAGUGUUCAACCUUCAACAAUCAGGAUCUGCCAAGAGCUUUGUGGUUGAAUGUGAGGCUUUGAGAAGAGUAAGACAUCGUUGUCUUAUAAAGAUCAUCACCUGUUGCUCAAGUACCGAUCCACAGGGCCAAGAGUUCAAGUCAUUAGUUUUUGAGUACAUGCCCAAUGGAAGCUUAGAUGGUUGGCUUCAUCCCAAGUCAAGCAAUCCCACUCUUAGCAAUACACUGAGCCUUUCACAGAGACUCAGCAUUGCGGUUGAUAUUCUAGAUGCACUGGAUUACCUUCACAACCAUUGUCAGCCACCAAUCAUCCAUUGCGACCUGAAACCAAGUAAUAUUCUUCUUGCAGAAGACAUGACCGCAAAGGUUGGAGAUUUUGGCAUAUCAAGAAUCCUCUCUGAAAGUAUAAUUAAAACAAUGCAAAAUUCAAACAGCACAUUUGGGAUCAGAGGUUCCAUUGGUUAUAUUCCACCAGAGUAUGGUGAAGGUUCUGCAGUCUCCAGGCUAGGUGAUAUUUACAGCUUAGGGAUAUUGUUGCUUGAGAUAUUUAUUGGAAGGAGCCCUACUGAUGACAUGUUCAAUGAUUCAAUGGAUCUACACAAGUUUGCCUCAGCAGCAUUUCCUGAACGAGUCUUGGAGAUAGCUGAUCAAACAAUCUGGCUACAUGAAGAAGCAAAAAAUAAGGAUGCAACAAAUGCAGGCAUAACAAGAGGUAUUCAGGAGUGUUUGGCUUCGGUCAUUAGGCUUGGCAUAUCCUGCUCAAAGCAACAAGCCAAAGAGCGAAUGUUGUUAGCAGAUGCUGUGUCAAAGAUGCAUGCAAUCAGAGAUGAAUACCUUCUGUCUCAGGUGGUUAAGAACUGAAAACCAGAGUUGAGCUAAAUGUAAGGUGAGAUGUAUAUACAGAGUUGAUGAUUGAUUUGGAAAUACAGAGGCAUACAAGGUCUUAUAGUUGUCAUUCACUAAAUAAAGGUUAGAUGCCUGUAAUUGCAAAAGAUGCAUACAGAAUGUAAUCAUAUUAUGAUAGAAAAGUACUGGAGUUUUUGGCUUCUUACACUAUGUGGAUAAGAUUUCAAUGCCAAGUCGUGCACAACAAUAGUUGCAGA